GAGUUAGGGGGAAGGAAGAAAGUAAGGGUUCUGGGGAAGGGCGGGGAGGAACCUCGUCCUUCAAGAGCGCACGGCAAGAUGAAUUUCUUUCGCGGGGUGAUGGGGGGUCAGAGCACGGGACCCCAGCCCUCGGGGGCAGAGACGAUACAAAAGCUUUGUGACCGAGUAGCUUCAUCAACUCUUCUGGAUGAUCGAAGGGAUGCUGUCCGUGCUCUCAAAUCAUUAUCUAAGAAAUAUCGUUUGGAAGUAGGUAUCCAAGCUAUGGAACAUCUGAUCCAUGUUUUGCAGACAGACCGUUCAGAUUCUGAAAUAAUAGGUUAUACUUUGGACACACUCUACAACAUAAUGUCUAAUGAUGUAGAAGAAGAAGAGCAAGAAGACAAUUCUUCAAAACAAAGUGAUGAUUUGGGAGGCCAAUUUACAGAAAUUUUCAUUAAACAACAAGAAAAUGUUACACUCCUUUUAUCCCUCUUAGAGGAGUUUGAUUUCCAUGUUCGUUGGCCUGGAGUGAAGCUUCUUACCACACUUUUAAAACAACAGGGGCCACAGGUGCAGCAGAUUAUUCUUGUCAGUCCUAUGGGUGUUUCAAGAUUAAUGGAUUUGCUUGCUGAUUCCAGGGAAGUUAUACGUAAUGACGGUGUCUUAUUACUGCAGGCAUUGACAAGAAGCAAUGCAGCAAUCCAGAAAAUUGUUGCUUUUGAAAAUGCUUUUGAGAGGUUACUGGACAUCAUCACAGAGGAGGGAAACAGUGAUGGAGGUAUAGUAGUUGAAGAUUGUCUCCUCCUGCUUCAAAAUUUGUUAAAGAACAAUAAUUCCAAUCAGAAUUUUUUCAAAGAAGGUUCAUACAUUCAGCGUAUGAAACCUUGGUUUGAGGUUGGUGAUGACAAUUCUGGCUGGUCUGCACAGAAAGUGACUAAUCUUCAUCUGAUGCUUCAGCUUGUUCGUGUUCUGGUAUCACCUACAAAUCCUCCAGGUGCUACCAGCAGCUGCCAGAAGGCAAUGUAUCACUGUGGAUUGUUGCAACAACUUUGUAUUAUCUUAAUGGCUACUGGUGUUCCUGCUGAUAUUCUGACUGAGACCAUUAACACUGUAUCAGAAGUUAUUCGAGGCUGCCAAGUAAACCAGGACUACUUUGCAUCUGUCAAUGCUCCUUCAAACCCACCACGACCUGCAAUUGUUGUGCUUCUGAUGUCCAUGGUUAACGAAAGGCAGCCAUUUGUUUUGCGUUGUGCUGUUCUCUACUGUUUCCAGUGUUUCUUGUAUAAAAAUCAGAAAGGACAAGGGGAAAUUGUGGCAACGCUUCUGCCUUCUACUAUUGAUGCUACAGGUGUUUCAGUCUCUGCUGGUCAACUAUUAUGUGGAGGCCUCUUUUCCACCGACUCCCUUUCAAAUUGGUGUGCUGCUGUGGCCUUGGCCCAUGCAUUGCAAGAAAAUUCUACUCAGAAGGAGCAGCUGCUGCGGGUUCAGCUUGCCACAAGUAUCGGCAACCCUCCGGUGUCUUUGCUGCAGCAGUGCACUAACAUCCUCUCUCAGGGUGAUAAGAUCGACAGACGGGGGAGCAAAGUACAAACAAGAGUUGGGUUAUUGAUGUUGCUCUGUACCUGGUUAAGCAAUUGUCCUAUUGCUGUCACACACUUUCUUCACAAUUCAGCAAAUAUUCCAUUUCUUACAGCACAAAUAGCAGAAAAUCUUGGCGAAGAGGAGCAGUUGGUUCAAGGCUUAUGUGCCCUCUUGUUGGGCAUUUCCAUUUAUUUCAAUGAUAAUUCACUUGAGAACUAUAUGAAAGAGAAAUUGAAACAACUUAUAGAGAAGAGAAUUGGCAAAGAGAACUUCAUAGAGAAGUUGGGUUUCAUUAGCAAGCAUGAACUGUACUCAAGAGCUGCCCAGAAACCACAGCCAAGUUUUUCUAGCCCAGAUCACAUGAUGUUUGAUCAUGAGUUUACAAAGUUAGUGAAAGAACUUGAAGGUGUCAUAACAAAGUCCAUUUAUAAAUCUAGUGAAGAGGAUAAAAAGGAAGAAGAGGUGAAGAAAACAUUGGAACAGCAUGACAGCAUUGUGACUCACUACAAAAAUGUGAUCCGAGAGCAGGAUUGCCAGCUUGAGGAAUUAAAACAACAGGUUUCUACCCUAAAAUGUCAAAAUGAACAAUUGCAGACAGCCGUCACACAGCAAGUAUCUCAGAUCCAGCAGCACAAGGAUCAGUAUAAUCUCCUCAAAGUACAGCUAGGAAAAGACAAUCAGCAUCAUAGUUCCCACAGUGAUGGAGCUCAGAUGAAUGGAAUUCAGCCAGAAGAAAUUAGUAAGUUGAGAGAAGAGAUAAAAGAACUAAAAAAUAAGCAAGAACUUCUACAAAGCCAAUUGAAUGAAAAGGACUCCUUGAUUGAAAAUUUGAAGGCUACACAGUUAACACCUGGGAAAGCAGAACAAUCUCUAGAGAUUUCUGUGGAUGGUGAUUCUGAACAGACUACAAAAUUGCAACGGGAAGUUGAAACACUCAGAGCUCAGCUAAAUUUACAGUCUGUGGAGGUCUCUAAAUUACAGAUGGAAAAGCAGGAGCUAUUACAGAAAACUGAAACAUUUGCUAAAUCUUUUACAGUAUCAGGAGACAAUGGAACUGUAACAACAGCAAAACCCACUGACAUUGAAGGAAGACUUUCUGCAUUGCUCCAAGAGACUAAAGAAUUAAAGAAUGAAGUUAAAGCCCUAUCUGAGGAAAAAGCUUCUAUAAAACAGCAGUUGGAUUCAUCAAACAGCACUAUUGCAAUCUUACAAAAUGAGAAAAGCAAACUGCAGGUGGGACUUGCCAAAUCUGCCAAAGAACAGGAUGACCUCUUGGUGCUGCUGGCUGAUCAAGAUCAGAAAAUAAUUUCAUUAAAAAGUAAACUCAAGGAACUUGGGCACCCGGUUGAAGAUGAAGAUGAAGAUGAACUUGGAUCUGGAGACCAGACUGGUAAUGAUGACAUUGAUGAUGAUGUUGAUGAUGAUGAUGACGAUGACGAUGAUGAUGACGACAACAGUGAUGAUGAAGAUGACCAUCAUAAUUCCAAUGCAUUAGUAGAGGGAUCAAUCUAAGCUUUAAAGUAUCUCUAAAAAUAAUAGAGAUUACUAUGUAAUUUUUAAGAUGGAGCCUCAAAGACAAUAUCUUGGUCUGUCUCCACACAUAAUAAUAAAAGAUUUUUAGGAAACAAAUGGAAAGCAUUCACUAAAAGACUAUUGCUAUGUUUCUGAAAUGAUGUCACCCAUGUUUGUUUGUUUUUUUGUUUUAAAGAAAAAGACCUAAUGGUGGGUAAAACACACUACUGUUUUAUUUAAGUUCUCCUGAACUCUUUAGAAGACGACCAUCUCUUAGCUUUAGAUACCAAAAGUGUACCGUUAAAAAAGCAUGAGGUAGUCAUACAAUUUGCCUUAGUUCCUUGGUCAUUUACUGAAGUCUCUGCAUCUAUCUUUUUAUUUUGAAAUUUGCGAUUUUUAAGUACUUAUAUAUUUGAUUUUAACACAUUGAAUUGGGCUCUUUGUUCUCCAUAGUCAACCUUGAUGAUAUUCUAAACCCAUGGGUUCUUUUAAGGGUUGAUGAGUAGGUUUAAGAGCAGGAGCAGGAUAAUUUUGGGGAAAUGGCUGAUUCGUUGAUGAUGAUUCCCAAAAUAAAUAUAUUGAACAAGGUAAAGGGGAGUGCCUUUGCAGCUAGAGAUUGCAAAGAGACAGUGAGCUUGAUGCCCAAGGAUGCAGGGUCAUGUCUGCAGUAAGCUGCAGGGGUACUGAAGCAUAUGGUUUGGGAAGCAGAACAACUCAGUUAAAAACAACUCCUAAUAAUUCUUACAGGCAAGCUGACAUGUUAGCUGGUUAUCAUAACCAGUUCCAUGUUCUUGAGUCAAAAAAAAUAAAAUAAACCAACACCCACUAUUCUGAUUGAUAUAAUUUUAAUUUAUUGGCUUUUGUACAAGGAAGCACCUUGAGGGCAGGGACUGGGUCUUACUCUUCUUGCUAUCUCCUAGCACCUCAGCCAGUGCCUUGCACUGAAUAGACAAUUGAGGGAUGCUUGUUGAAUUGAAUUAAUGUUGAAAUAGGUUUGACCAGUAUAAAAGAUUUAAAAAGAGUGCAAUAAAAGAUGUCAAUCUCAUGUUUUGGUAAUAAAAAUAGAUAUUAUAUUCACUUUUAA